AUGACUGAGCCCACCAAGAUCAGCAUCUUGGGCCAGGAGAGCAUUGUUGCUGAUUUUGGCCUGUGGCGCAACUAUGUCGCAGCAGACCUGGUCAGUGGCUUGCCCUCCACCACCUACGUCCUCAUCACCGAUACCAAUCUCGGUUCCAUCUAUACCCCCAGUUUUCAAAAAGCCUUUGAGGUUGCUGCCUCAUCAGUUUCCCCCGCUCCUCGCCUCUUGGUCUACAAUGCCGCCCCCGGAGAGAGCUCAAAAUCCCGACAGACAAAGGCCGACAUUGAAGAUUGGAUGCUCAGCCAGAGCCCACCAUGUGGCCGGGAUACUGUUGUCAUCGCAUUGGGUGGCGGCGUGAUCGGUGACCUGACUGGAUUUGUUGCGUCAACUUACAUGCGCGGUGUUCGCUAUGUGCAAGUCCCCACUACAUUGCUUGCGAUGGUGGAUUCCUCAAUUGGAGGCAAGACUGCAAUUGACACACCUCUUGGAAAGAACCUCAUUGGUGCCAUCUGGCAACCAUCAAGAAUCUACAUUGAUCUCGAAUUCUUGGAGACCCUUCCUGCGCGAGAGUUUAUCAACGGCAUGGCCGAGGUUAUCAAGACCGCUGCAAUCUCAAGCGAAGAGGAGUUUACUGCUCUCGAAGACAAUGCAGAUGUUAUCCUGAAUGCUGUCCGUAGCGAAGCCAAGCCCGGCCAAGGCCGUUUCGAUGGCAUUCACGAUAUUCUGAAGGCGAGAAUCCUGGCCUCAGCUCGCCACAAGGCCUAUGUUGUAUCUGCAGAUGAGCGUGAGGGUGGCCUCCGCAAUCUGCUCAACUGGGGUCACUCUAUUGGUCAUGCAAUUGAGGCUAUUCUGACUCCCCAGAUCCUCCACGGAGAAUGUGUUGCCAUUGGUAUGGUCAAGGAGGCUGAGUUGGCCCGGCACCUGGGAGUUUUGAAGGGUGUUGCCGUUGCUCGUAUUGUUAAGUGUAUCUCCGCUUACGGCUUGCCUACUUCAAUGAAAGACUCUCGUGUACGCAAGUUGACAGCUGGUAAGCACUGCUCUGUCGAUCAGCUGCUUUUCAACAUGGCUCUUGACAAGAAGAACGAUGGUCCCAAGAAGAAGGUUGUCCUACUCUCCGCAAUUGGACGCACCCACGAGCCCAAGGCUAGUGUUGUAUCAAACCAAGAUAUUGGCGUUGUCCUGGCCCCCAGUGUGGAAGUUCACCCUGGCGUGCCAAAGACUCUCGAUGUCACCUGCACACCUCCAGGAUCUAAGUCUAUCUCUAACCGAGCCCUUGUACUUGCUGCCCUUGGUUCAGGAACUUGCCGUGUCAAGAACCUCUUGCACUCCGAUGACACCGAAGUCAUGUUGAAUGCCCUCGAGCGCUUGGGUGCCGCGACCUUCUCUUGGGAGGAGGAGGGUGAGGUGCUCGUUGUGAAUGGAAAGGGCGGCAACAUUGUUGCUAGCCCGUCACCUCUGUACCUGGGCAACGCUGGAACUGCUUCUCGAUUCUUGACAACCGUGGCUACUCUUGCGACACCGAGCAGUGUUGACCACAGUGUCCUCACUGGUAACAACAGAAUGAAGCAGCGACCCAUUGGCGAUCUGGUCGAUGCAUUGACCGUCAAUGGUGCCGGCGUUGAGUACAUGGAACGCAAGGGUAGUCUGCCUCUAAAGAUCGCUGCUUCUGGCGGUUUCGCCGGAGGUAAGAUUAACUUGGCCGCCAAGGUGUCUUCUCAGUACGUUUCCUCUCUCCUCAUGUGUGCUCCUUACGCAAAGGAGCCGGUUACACUGAAGCUGGUCGGAGGCAAGCCCAUUUCUCAGCCCUACAUUGACAUGACCACUGCCAUGAUGAGAUCUUUCGGCAUUGAUGUCAAGAAGUCCACCACUGAGGAGCAUACUUACCACAUUCCUCAGGGUCACUAUGUGAACCCUGCGGAGUACGUUGUUGAGAGUGAUGCCAGCUCCGCCACUUACCCUCUCGCAAUUGCUGCCAUCACAGGCACCAAGUGCACAGUGCCUAACAUUGGUUCCAAGUCGCUGCAGGGUGAUGCUCGCUUUGCUGUUGACGUUCUUAAGCCCAUGGGCUGCGUGGUCGAGCAAACUGAUAACUCGACUACUGUUACUGGCCCCAGCACUGGUACCCUCCGCCCCUUAAAGAACGUCGAUAUGGAGCCCAUGACGGAUGCUUUCCUUACUGCUUCUGUUCUCGCGGCCGUCGCUCAGGGAGAUGGUUCGAACCACACAACUCGCAUUUAUGGAAUUGCCAACCAGCGUGUCAAAGAGUGCAACCGUAUCAAAGCUAUGAAGGAUGAGUUGGCUAAAUUCGGUGUCGUUUGCCGGGAGCAUGAUGAUGGUCUUGAAAUUGACGGCAUUGAGCGUUCCACUCUUCGUCUGCCAGCAGGUGGUGUCUACUGUUAUGAUGAUCAUCGUGUCGCUUUCAGUUUCAGUGUUCUAUCGCUUGUUACCCCUCGUCCCACUCUGAUUCUCGAGAAGGAGUGCGUCGGAAAGACAUGGCCUGCCUGGUGGGAUGCGCUGAAGGGCAUUUGGAAUGUUAAAAUCGAAGGAAAGGAACUGACUGAAGAGGAAGUGGCUACAACCACACAGGAAGAAAAGGCCAGCGCUUCUAUCUUCAUCAUCGGCAUGCGUGGCGCUGGAAAGACUACCACCGGCAGCUGGGUUGCGAAGAGUCUGGAUCGUCCCUUCAUUGAUCUGGACACUGAGCUUGAAAGCACAGUGGGUAUGUCGAUUCCAGACAUGAUAAAGGAGCGUGGAUGGCAAGGCUUCCGUGAUGAAGAACUUGCUGUGCUCAAGCGUUGCAUGACCGAUCGACCAAACGGCUAUGUCUUUGCUUGUGGUGGUGGUGUUGUGGAGAUGCCCGAAGCUCGUAAGCUCCUGGCCGAAUGGCAUCAAAGCAAGGGUAACGUUCUUCUUGUGAUGCGCGAUAUCAACCUGGUCAUGGACUUCCUGAACAUUGAUAAGACUCGGCCAGCCUAUGUCGAGGACAUGAUGGGCGUGUGGCUGCGUCGCAAGCCUUGGUUCCAGCAAUGUAGCAACAUCCAGUACUACAGCCAGCACUCAAACCAGACCGAACUUGCCCUGGCAUCUGAAGACUUCAACCGUUUCAUGAAGGUUGUUACUGGUCAAACAGAUAACCUCGAGCUUAUCCAAAAGAAACCCCACACUUUCUUCGUCUCUCUGACGUUGCCCGACCUGCGAGACUGCAGCGAAAUCUUGACUGAAGUUUGCAUUGGAUCGGAUGCUGUAGAGCUCCGUGUCGAUCUGCUCAAGGAUCCUAAGUCCGACAAUGACAUUCCUUCAGUCGAUUUUGUUAAUGAGCAAAUGUCCUACCUCCGCAAGCGCGUUGCCCUGCCUCUUAUCUUCACUAUCCGCACUAAGAGCCAAGGUGGUCGCUUCCCUGACGAUGCCCAUGAGGCUGCAAUGCAAUUGUACCGCUUGGCAUUCCGCUCUGGCGCUGAAUUUGUGGAUCUUGAGAUUGCUUUCCCCGAUGAGAUGCUUCGGACCGUCACCGAGAUGAAGGGUCACUCGAAGAUCAUUGCGUCGCACCACGACCCGUUAGGAAAGCUCUCAUGGGCUAACAUGUCAUGGAUUCCCUCCUACAACAGGGCACUGGAGUACGGUGAUGUGAUCAAGCUUGUGGGUGUUGCUAACAGUCUCGAUGACAACAACGCUCUGCGCAAGUUCAAGAACUGGGCAGCCCAAGCACACAGCAUCCCCUUGAUUGCCAUCAACAUGGGUGACAACGGUCAGCUUAGCCGCAUUUUGAAUGGCUUCAUGACCCCGGUGUCUCAUCCCAGCCUGCCCUUCAAGGCAGCGCCCGGUCAACUGUCUGCAACUGAGAUCCGCAGAGGUCUCUCGUUGAUGGGUGAAAUCAAAACCAAGAAGUUUGCCAUUUUCGGUUCUCCUGUUUCCCAAUCACGGUCGCCUCCUCUCCACAACACUCUCUUUUCUGAGAUGGGCCUUCCCCAUGAGUACGGCCGCCUCGAGACCACAAAUGUCGAGGAUGUUAAGGACUUCAUUCAUGCCCCCGAAUUCGGUGGUGCCUCUGUAACAAUUCCCCUCAAGCUUGACAUUAUGCCGCUGCUCAAUGAAGUCGCUCAGGAGGCUGAGAUCAUCGGUGCAGUUAACACUGUCGUUCCCGUUGAUAACGCUGACGGAUCACGAAAACUUGUUGGUUACAAUACUGAUUGGCAAGGAAUGAUCAUGUCUCUGCGUAAUGAGGGUUUCUACGGAGCUGUGGGCGAGGAGAGUGCUGUGGUUGUUGGUGGCGGUGGCACUGCCCGUGCUGCUAUCUUUGCCCUCCACAACAUGGGAUACUCCCCGAUCUAUGUUGUUGGACGAUCUGCCGCUAAGCUUGAGGGCAUGGUUUCUACUUUCCCGACAAGCUACAACAUUCGCGUUGUGGACGACUACAGUCAGCUGGAUACCAUUCCUCGCAUCGCUGUUGGCACCAUUCCCGCUGACCGUCCCAUCGACUCUACCAUGCGUGAAACACUGUGCAAGAUGUUCGAGAAAGCCCAGGAGGUCGAUGGAAAGCUCAUUGGCAAGUCCGUUGAUGAGCAGUCUCCCCGAGUUCUGCUCGAGAUGGCCUACAAGCCUUCCGUCACUGCAUUGAUGCAACUGGCUGCCGAUGCUGGUUGGAAGACCAUCCCUGGAUUGGAGGUUCUUGUUGGCCAGGGUGUUCACCAGUUCAACAAGUGGACCGGUAUCACACCCUUGUACCACGUUGCUAGAGAUGCGGUUAUGGGUACCAAGUCAGUAUAA